AUGCACGACUUAUCUAGCUUGAUAGCCAAGAAACUCGGUGUUAAAGCACCACCUGUUAGAAUAGACAGCCAAGCAAAGUACGGGGCGUUGUCUAGAGGAGAUGGAGCAAUAUAUCUGCGUUUCCCUCACAAGGGCUACCGUGAAAAGAUAUGGGACCAUGCAGCUGGAUACAUGGUUGUUGCAGCUGGAGGUGUGGCCACAGACGCUGCUGUAAAUCCUUUGAACUUCUCGAGGGGAAGAUAUCUUGGCUUGGACACAGGCAUAAUAGUUACAAAUCAGAAGUUAAUGCCGGCUCUCUUGAAGGCCGUUCAGAAGUCUGUAAAGGAGAAAGCUUUGCCCUUGUGA